UUGAUUUUGACAUGGACACUUUUUUAAAAAAUUGUUAAUAUAUGAAGGAUUUGUCUGAUUUUUUCCAAGUUUCUUUGUAAAUUCGUAUAAUUUGAUGAAUUUAAAAGUGAUCAUACUAGCUUUAUUUAAUUAAAAUUAGAAAUUAAUUUAUAUUAAAAUUUAGUUUUCUUCAAAAUGCUAAAAAAAAAAAUACCUGAAAAUGUUGGAUGGGUUGAACAUAUUGCAGAAAUAGGAUUGCCAAAUGACUUUAACUCCGUUAUGUGUAUUGCUUUGCAAGUUGAAUUUCUUUCAUUCUACUCUUGUAACUAUUUCACAAAAAUUAAUUUUAAUUUUUAUAUAAAAAAUGCCAUAUGGUAGGGUGACUUUGGCCGGCAUAUCGGGUGACUUUGGCCGGGUGGCCAAAGUCACCCUCUUAAUUUUUGCACUAGACUUUGUUUUUAUAUAUUAUUAUAUAUUGACAAAACUUAUAUUUGGCAAUAUAAUAAGAAGGUUAUCAGAUCAUGCAUAUCAACAUUUGGCAGCACUAAAUUGUAGUUAUAAUGUAAUACACAUAUGCAAUGUUUGGCAGCACCAAUACAUAAUUUAAAUGUAAUCACCAUCCUGAUGCUUGCUAUAACAACCACCAGCAUACACAUAUAAAAGGAAGUUCAUAAACUUAUAUGAACAUUUUAGAGAAGAAUUAAGAUGCCGAACACAUACAAAAGGACGGGGUUCGAAAAGCCUUACAAAAACUAUACCCCUGAAACAUUGGAAGAUGCUUUAUUACAAGUUCGAGAAGGGAAAAUGUCAUUAAACAAGGCCGCAAAAGAGUUCAACAUCUCAAGAUCCACGCUCCAAAACAAAAUUAAGAAGCUUCACACAAAAUCUGUUGGUGGGCCAACCGCUCUUUUGGAAGACGAAGAAGCCUGCAUCGUAAAAAUGCUUCUAACAACGAGUAACUGGGGAUUUCCACUUUCAACCCUCGAUCUUCGCCACAUCACCAAGAGGUUUCUCGACAGAAAGGGCAAACGUGUUUCCAAGUUUAAUAACAAUUUCCCAGGGAAGGAUUGGGCACAUUCAUUUCUGGAAAGGCACAAAGACCAAAUAACUUCUCGAAUGUGCCAAAAUAUUACUCCAGCAAGGGCAGCCAUAUCAGUCUCAACAAUGUCUAGCUACUUCAACAACUUGGAAAACAGUUUGGAAGGUAUACCACCUGAAAACAUCAGCAACUAUGACGAAACCAAUUUUACAGACGAUCCAGGAUCCAAGAAAGCCAUUUUCUCCAGAGGCGUUAAGUAUCCAGAACAAGUUAUGGCCCAUUCUAAAAGCUCAGUUUCUCUCAUGUUUUGUGGCACAGCAACAGGACAGUUGUUGCCUGUUUACGUUGUUUAUAAAGCCAAAAAUGUUUACAAGAACUGGAUGGAGGGUGGUCCACCUGGCUCUCGAUAUAAUGCUACAUCUCAUGGUUGGUUUGAUAACAGGGUAUUUUCCGAUUGGUUUCAAACUAUCUACCUCCCUUACGCCCGGAGGUUAACUGGUCCAAAGGCAAUCAUUGGUGACAAUCUUUCGAGCCAUUUUUCAGAAGAUGUUAUCAAACUAGCUGAAGAAAAUAAUAUCAAAUUUAUUUGCCUUCCCCCCAAUUGCACUCAUAUUGCUCAACCACUAGACGUAGCAUUCUUUCGACCUCUUAAAACAUUAUGGAGGAAGACUUUAACAGAGUAUAAGAUUGCUAACUCGAAAAACAAAACAGUGCCGAAAGAUGUGUUUCCUAGGCUUCUAAAAAAAGUCUGGGACAGGUUACAUGAGAACGACAAGGCAAGAGAAAAUUUGAUAUCUGGCUUCCGGGCAACUGGAAUUUAUCCAUGCGAUAGGCAACAAGUUUUAAGUAAACUCGACAAAACUGAAUCAAGAACAAAUAAUACUACCAGCAACAUGAUGAACCUUAGCGAUUCAGUAUUGGACUAUAUGAAGAGCCUUCGGACCCCGGAUACCUCAACCAGGAAGCCAAGAAAGAAAAAAGUUAACACUGAACCAGGUGCUAGUGUCACUAUGGCGGACUUCACAUUAUCGUCGAGCGUUUUAACACAUUCUCCCAAUGUAGAUGCACCCGAUGAUGUCACUGAAGAAAUGUCCACGGAUCAGCCCGGCCCCUCAAAAAUAAGUCACAGACGGAAGCCAAGACGCCGCAAGGUCAUCGUUUCAUCAGACUCCUCAACCAUCAAUACCACUCUAAACUCGCUCCAGUCUUUGUCUUUGGAUGACUCGGACAGUGUUAACCUCGCUUCUUGGCAAGAGCAACAAAUUAUGAUUGACGAAGAUAUGAUGGCCAGCGAAGAAUCGUCCAUAAAGGCUGGUGACUAUUUUCUGGUCAAGUUUCCAGUUAAGAAAAAAUUAACAUUUUACGUCGGCUGCAUCUUAAAUGUUGAUAACGAUGAGGUUACAGUGUCAUUCCUGCGAAGAGGUGCUGGGUACAGCUUCAUAUACCCAGAAAAAAAAGACGUUGCACAAGUCACCAAAAGUGAUCUGGAGAAGAAACUUCCUGUUCCAACGGUUGACCGCAGAGAGAGACUAUUUUUUUCCAUAUCAUUUGAAGGAUAUCAAAAUUUAUGCUAAUUUUAAGGUUUUGUUUUUUUUAAUCAAAUAAAAACCCACAUGUUUUAAAAAAUCUGGUCUUUCAUUUGGGGUGGGUUAGACUGACGUGGUACUUGUAGUUGAACUGCAAAUAUAGCAAACGUCCUACCGGCCAAAGUCACCCGGAAUGGAGGGUGACUUUGGCCACCCAUAUUUUGGCAAAUAUCUAUAGAACUGUCGGACAGAUUUCUUCAAGAUUAAUCAUACCUAUAGAAUGAGCGAAGUAGGUAAAUUGGUUGAAAUCUUCAUUUAAAAAAAAAAAUUAUUGCAAAAGUUAUUCACAUUUGAAUUUGAAAACGUGCCAAAGUCACCCGGUUUUAC